UGACAAAUGUCAAAAAGGGCUACGGACGGGAUACGGGCGAAGCGAUUUUGCGAUUUCGUACGAAUUUACGAAGGAAACUAACAACCGUAUCUAUAAUAAUGUAAUCAUAGGUACACCAGAUAGGGCGUUAGCGCGCCAAAACAGCGAAAAUACGCUGUCUGAACGUUUAACCUCGUAGUAGUGGCUUGAUUAUUUUUCGCCUAAAUAUCGCUCUAGGAUCAUGUUGAAGUUCAAAAAAAUGGGAUCGGAUAAAGUGCCGUUGUUACUUGUGACUGCAAAUGUUGGAUCUAUAUUUGAGGAACCUUCAGUAAUGCUCCCGAUCUGGACAUCAGAGUUUCUACAAGCCGUCUCCCGGAUGGACCCUAAGUUCAUAGCGCUCCACCUGCAAGAGGUCGGUGGGAAAGCGUACGAGAAGUCGAUGCAGUAUGUUCAAGACUUCGUUCAAAGACUCUGCGAAUGUCCGGAGCUGCGGCUUUUUGAUAAGAUCAGAACGUUCCUAGACGAGGACUUCAGCUCGCCGGAGAAGUUCACGGCCCUUGGCAAUAUGUACUUCGCUCACUCUUCGCUGACUGACCUAAAGAUCUGGGACUUCGAUCUGAAGGCGUAUGUAGACGUGCAAGGCAAGGAGAUCCAUAGCGGAAACAUCGAGAAGGUCACCACCAAGGAGAAAGCAAAGUUUCCGCAACAUUUCUUUCCUGAGUGCAAGUGGUCCCGCAAAGGUAUACUGCGAACGCGUUGGAUGAUCCGCGGCACUGCCGUUGAGUUCGUCAACAUACAUCUGUUUCACGACGCGUCAAACCUUCUCGCAAUGGAGCCCUUCCCAUCAGUGUACUGCCGGAGUCGGCGGCGCGCGUUGCGGCACACGCUGCGCCACCUACACUCGGACGUCAACGCCGCCCCCUACUUCAUAUUCGGCGACUUCAACUUCAGGACUGACACGGGCGGUGUGGUUAAGAAAGUGACAGAAGAUUUGACAGCGUUUCGGAUGCAGAACGGCAACAGUGCGGACUCAUGUAAGCUCCAGUUCCGAGGGGCCGACCAGCGCGUGGUACUCACCAUCGGCAAGAAGGAGUUCGCUCAUGUCGAUCACCAGAAGAUCUUCAGGGAACCGUGGCUGCAACGGUUCGACAAAGAAUUGGAGGCUCUCCGGCCCCACCUGUACGAGUUUCCCGUAAAGUUCCCACCGUCAUAUCCCUUCGAGGAGGACGUACAUCUACCUACGCAUUAUAUGAAGACGAGGUGUCCAGCGUGGUGCGACCGUAUCCUACUGUCGCAGUCAGCGCGACUUCUAGUCCAGCAUCAGGAUUCCGGUCGAAUUGGAGACAACAAGCAUUUACAUUCGUCCAGAAAGUCAGUGGCGGAGUCGAGCGAAAGUAGUGGCCGAACUUCCGCUGACGGCAGUCCGGCACGCGGACAGUCCAGCCCUGGUAAGACCCUGGAGAAGAAGGGCAGCGUGGCCGAGCUGGAUGCACUGUGCGUGCCGGCCGCCUCCGCCAGCAGGAAGAGCAUCGCCGAUCCCACCAGCGUGCAGCAGGCCAUCAAUGCUAGGGUAGCGGAGUCAGAACAUUCCCCGAUCCGCCGCAAGCUCGUCCGCAACCAAUCGGAGGGCUCCCCCAAGCCGGGCGACACGCUGUCGUCCGAGCUCCGCCGCCUGGUGGAGGGGCCAGCUCGCAAACGGAACGAGUACGGCGUAAUAGGCGAUACGGCUUGCAUGGGAGACCAUAAGCCAAUCUACCUCCGUGUGAUGCUGCAGAGCGACCGAGGUACCGUACCGUGUUGCGCCAGCGGCCUGCCGUGCGCCCUCUGCCUCAGCGCCGCCCGCCUCCCCCGAAACCCCCGCCACCCCCUCGCACGACGACCCACCGACCCCGACCUUUACGCCAGUAAAAAAGUCAAAACCCUCUUCUCCAGCCACCCUGACACCUUGACAGACGAUCACAGACUGAAACGAACUCGAACCGGCUCCCUAAACGAGAAAAUUCUCCGCAUACCCGACGUCGAAAUCACCACUGCCGAUUAUUCGAGUUACGACGGUGUAUUCGUAAAUGAAAUCGAUAACACGUUGCUCUGCGUGCGACAGUGCUUAGAUCCGUACACGCCGGAGAGUAUCGAUUCUCACACGCCCAACGUCGAGGAUGCGUCCAGUACUGAGGAGAUCGCGGACGAGGUAGACGACGUUCUGGGGACAAGUAUAAUCGAGUCGAAAUCGAUUAAGUUGAAUCGAGACAGGAGCGUCUCUCCUACGCAACUAAAACAUAGACUCGAUAAGUUACUCACCGACGAUAGGUAUAACGUACCUGAGAUACAGAGGCUGAAUAGUAGGGAGUCUUGUAAAUCGGACGGUAGUAAAAAAGGGGGGUUGUGUUGUUUAGCUUUGAAAUGCUACGGGUUCUGCAGGCGGAGGGCGCCGAAGGUCAAUUGCAGUUGUAGAGGCUUGAGUAACUGUUGCACCUCCUGAGCUUGACGUUUGUGAUUCGAAUUUCGAAUGUUAUUGACUUGUUGCGAACUCGAUAGAAAUCAAAACUCGAAAUUUGAAUUUUAUUUUUUCUCUAAUCAGCUUUACGCCAUAGACAAUUAUUAAUUUGAUUUUGAUUUUUUCAUCGAGUCGUACGAGUGAGUGUUUCCACUGUGUAUUAUUUUUUUCAUUAAAAUUUUUGUAGUGUAUUGCAUUGUGAACUUUUAUAGUAUUAACCGACCAUUUUGUUGGUUUUACCGACCAUGGUAAUAUUUACCAUAGAUAUUUAGAUGUGGUAAUUCCUACCAUUCAAAUAACAUUGACGAUUAUAUGCAUGGAUGUUGUAAUCAUUUGUAUAACUUUACCUAUAUUAAAUCCAUAUCAUUAUUUAGACAUUAGAUUACACAUGAAAUAGUCAAUAUAUGUGUAUUAUUUAGUACUAAUCGUACGAUGUAAGUUGGCCACUUAGAAUGACAAUCAGUCCGUCAAUCAAUCAAUCAUUUUGUGUUGCCAAGUAUUUUAAUUAUGAGUCCGCGAUCACUAGCAUCUAAACAAAGCCUCAUGUCUUAAAAGCUAGAUUCUCCCAAUGAUUUUAAUGUGAGAAAGAGUAUAAAUAUUUCUAAUGAAUGCGAAUGAGUGAAAAAGCUAUAUCAUUCGUAGCCUUUCUUUCAUGCUUUCCCUUUCCUGCUCCCUACAUUAUACCAUUGUUGAUUUAGUCUUUAAAAAUUGCUACUCCGUUAUGUUAUGUUCUCCUGGUAGCCAAUGUACAUUGCGCGCACUGUUAAUGUUUUUGUAUGUGCACUAUUUUUAUUAUAAUCAAUGUAGUUUUAUUAAAGUAUAAUACACGUGCAAAUGACAAUAAAAAUAAUCAUAGAUGCAUUA